CGUCGCUGUCGAUUGAGAUAGAACGGUCGUCCCAGUCUCUCCUCCAAAGCAGCCAUGUCCGCCAACAUGUUCUCCCGCCGAGUGCUGCAGGCAACCACGCGGCGAUUGGCCGUCGCGAACCCCUCCACCUUCAGCAAGACUCCUCUGUCAAGAUUAUCUGCUCCGGCAGCCAUAGCGAUGGGUCAACAUCUCCAAUAUAGACAAGCAGCAACAACUCCCAUCUCGCAAUCCGCCGGCUCCGAGAUCCUCGCCGAACAGCGCCGCCACCGUCCCGUCUCUCCUCAUCUAUCCAUCUACCGGCCACAAAUAACAUGGUACAUGUCGAUGUUCCACCGUAUCACAGGCGCCACGCUCUCUGUCGGGAUCUACGCCUUUGGCGCCGCAUACCUCGUCGCACCUCUGUUCGGCUGGCAUUUGGAGAGCGCAACCCUCGCCGCUAGUUUCGCCAGCUUGCCCAUCUUCGCAAAGAUCCUCUUCAAGACGCUCGCGGCAUACCCAUUUACUUACCACGGCUUGAACGGUAUUAGACAUCUGGUCUGGGAUACUGGUGCGGCCAUGACGAACAAGCAGGUCAUUGUGACAGGAUGGACCACGAUCGGUUUGGCGACUGUGGCUGCUCUGGCUUUGGUGUUUAUGUGAGAAGUAUCCCAUAAGAUGUACAUAAAUUCGAAUACUUGACCGUUCAAGCCUACGCCGCGCAUCGCGGAGCAUACAUUCCGUAUCGUUGUUUUCAUUUUCCUUCCCGGUGACCUUGCAAGCUGCACGCAUCACACAUCCUGUGCUGCACUUGUGACCGUCAGAUUAUUUCCAAAGUCAAGGUUGAAUUGCGGGAAAGAGCAGAAGAACAAGUGCAGCCACAAGACUGCACAGGAUCUGUUUGCGCCAACACGGUAUCGAUCAAUGUGGGUAUCGUACAAUUGAACAUUAUGUAUUUACCUGGCCGGCUCUAUGUGCCAGUUUUCAC